AUGGUUAAGAAAAUGGAAGAUGGUGUGGUAUAUAUGGAGACACAGAAUGAUAAUGCUGCUGAUAAGAUGGCUAAGGAUGCAUUAAGGAUGAAGAUGUUAAAUGAUGAGAGGAGGGAGAGGGAAGAAGCUAAGCAAGCUGAGAUAGAGGCACAAGCUAGGCUUGAUAGGGCUAUGGCUAAGGAACAAUUCUUAAGGCAACAAGAACAACUUGCUAUACAGAGAUAUAAGGAGGAACAACAUAAACAGGAACUACAUGAGAGGUCCUUGGCUGAGGCGGAGCGUAGGAGGAAACAAGAACAUGAUAAGAUGAUACAACAGGAAUAUGCAUGGAGGUUACAAGAAGAGAAAUUAAAUGAGAUGAAUAGGAAAGAUAAAGAGAGAUUACGAAUACAGUCAGAACAGAAGGAGCAGCAACAAGAGUAUAUGAGGAAUAUUAUGAAGAGGAAGAAUGAUAGGAUCAUGACUUCUAUGAAGAAUAAUCAAGAGUUAGAACUUAAAAGGAAAGAGGAAUAUCUAUAUCGGCUACAACAAGAAGAGGAGAGGGAGGGUAGGUUAGAGGAUAAGAGGAGGCAACAUCAGGAGGAAGGGAGUAAGAGGGCAUUGGCAUUAGCAUUAAAGAGGAAACAUAUAGUAAAGGAGGCAAUAAGGCAACAAGAUGAGAGGAGGAAGGCUAUAUUAGAUCAUCAACAAGAAACACAACAUAGAUUACAAGAACAUGAAUUGAAGAGGGAACGGUAUCUAGCAUUUAAGAGGGAAUUAGAUGAGUUGAAGAAUAAGAAUAAGAAGAUGAAUGUGAUAAGGCAGAGGAGGAAGGAAGAGCAUCAGAGGAAUAUAUAUGCUAUGCAGAGUAGGAUGAAGAGGGAGAAGAGUGGUAGGAUUAUUGAAGAGAGGAAUAAAUUAUGGGAGGAAAGGAGACAAACUGGAGUAGAGGCUUAUAGGGCUAGGGAACUUAUUAAGUCUACUAUCAUGGAUAUGAAGGUUAAAUCUAAGAUAAGCUCCAAUAGAUUAGAACAAGUUAUUAAGGAUAUCCUUAGAAGUAAGAGGUUAUCACCAAAUGUACCAACCUCAUCAUCAUCAUCAUUACCAGCUAUAUUGGACUACAACAACAAGAAGAAAGUGGGCGAUGAGAUCAUUCGGGUAAAUGGUGAAGUUGUAAGUAAUAAUACAGUUAGAAGUGUUUUAAGAAGUAUAAGACCUUUAAGCAAGUAUACGUUCCCCCCGGCCUAG